GGAUACACUGUUAAUGCUACUAAAAACAAGAUCUUAAUUUACAUAUUUUCAACGAUUUCAAUCCCAGAGAGGAAUAAGUGCCAACAGAAAAAGAAAAUACAGAUUAUCAUUUGAAUAUGGCAGAAAACUUGGUAGAUCAACUGAAGCAUGUAAAACUGAAGAAAAUAAAAGAACCAACUCAUGAUUUUUCGGGUUUAAAAACCAGUGGAUAUUUAACGGAAGACGAGAUAAAAGACUAUGAUGACAAUGUUCUGGCUGCUAAUACAGAACAUUGGAUACAUAUGCUACAAGACGUUACUUUUCCAACGGUUACAGCUCCCUUUCAUUUAGAAGAUGCCCAGCUGUUUAUAGAUGUUUACACAAGGUUAUAUGAGAACAAGGACUCAAGCGAAUCCAUAGAUCUUGACUGGCAGACUCAUCUGAAGGAUGAAGAGAAAAGACACGUUAACACAAUAAGCGAACGCUUGGAAAAGGCAAUGUCGAUUUACACGACAAAAGGCUACGCUUUCGUAAAAUUGUCUUCCAGAAGUGCUAAAGAUGCACCAUUAAUUCAAAAAAGAUUUAAAUCUUUAUAUAUCAACAGAUUGUCAGCUGUUGAAGAGUCUGAAAAGGGAAAUGAAAAUGUUAAAAUCAUGUGUCUCUUGCAGGCAGGUUUUGAUGCACUUCGCGUGAAGAUGUCCUUCGAUGUGAUUGAUAUGUUUAUUAGGAGUGAACGGGUAUUCCAAGACUUGUUACUUGCAGUUAAGCACAAAGACAAUUUUAACGAAAACUUUAUAAUAAGAGAGUUCGUUGACAUCGAUGUUGAUAUGGAAUUUCGAGGAUUUGUUUUUGACGGAGAGUUAAAUGCAUUGUCGCAGUAUAAUUAUUUGUUAUUUUCAAAACGGCUGAACGACAAAAAAGAGGAAAUUUCCUGUAAAAUUAGAGAAUUCUUCAAUUCAGUUGUGAAACCAAGAUUAAAAGCUGGAAAAUAUUUCCUUCAGAAUUUUGUGAUAGAUUUUGCUGUUACUAGUAGUGGUAAAAAGGGAGCCCUAGAUAAAUUAUGGGUUAUUGAAAUUAAUCCAUUCCUAAAUACAACUGAUGGUGCAUUGUUUAGCUGGGAGAAAGAGCGUGAUAUUCUUGAAGGAAAACAAGGAUUUCAGGUCCGAAUUGUUCAGCAAGCAAAACCGGGUUCUUUAACCAUGAUGCCACAAAGUAUCAGGGAGCUUCUAAAGUCAACAUAACAUAACGAUUUUGUACAUGAACCUUAAUUUCAUUAACUGAUUAUGUAUAUCUCAAUCUAAUAAAAAUAUAGAUCUUUGCUAUCGUUAUCCAUAUAUACGAGCACGUGAGUUAAGACAGAUCUGAAUUUUAAUCAGAUUUUGUACAUCUCUUCCACAAACUUAGAAAAUGCAAUGCGUUAUAAUAUAUACUUACAGUUACAGCUCUAUAGUUGAGUAAUCUUUCUUAAAAAUGGAUAUAUCUUAGCAGCUUUUAAAUCAUUAGGUAAUCUAAAUUUUAACAUGAGUUGUAUAAAUUUUAUGACUUUUGCUGAUAUAGCACCCUACCACAAUCAUCUAAAGAGAUGAAUUAACGACUGUUUGUUAAAAAACACGUUUACCAAACAAAACAAGUAUACUUUGUCCCUUCCUAAAACCGUAUAUUUGUAUCUACUUAGGUCAUUCUUUGUAAUGAAACAAUAAAGUUGGACAACCUUGUUCA